AUGGUUGAAGAUUCUGAGCUAUGGAAUGUCAUAUGUGAUGGACCAUUUGUUCCUACCAAAAACCUUGGUGACCCACUAGUAGCCAUUCCCAAGACAAGGAAAGAAUUCAACGAUGCAGAUAGAAAGGCCAUAGAGAAGAACUUUCGUGCUAAGAAAAUUCUAGUAUGUAGUAUUGAACCAGAUGAAUACAACAAAAUAUCGGCAUGUCAGUCAGCCAAAGAAAUUUGGGAAGCCCUGCAGACAGAUUCAUCAAGCAAAUCUGGAGAAGAUGAUAAACCAUGUAACAUCUCUAUGAUGGCAGUAGAAAGUGAAUCAGCUGAGUAUGAUACAAUUUUUGCUUUGUUGGCCCAGUCUGACGAUGAAGAUGACAAUGAUGAUGAGAGAUGUCUUAACAGUUGA